CUUCUUCUGAUAUCCCUGCAGACUGAGCAACAUGCACAUCUUACAGCCGUACUGCAUCAACAGGUGGCCGGAGGUGCCGAAGAGAAAGAGUAAGAACAGCCAUUGUUCGGUGAAGAGCGUGUCAGCUCUUAGUGUCUCGGUUCCAGGGUACAUCCCCAGCUACCUGGAGAAGGAUGAGCCCUGCGUGGUGUGCGGGGACAAGGCGACCGGCUACCACUACCGCUGCAUCACCUGCGAGGGUUGCAAGGGUUUCUUCCGGCGGACCAUUCAGAAGAACCUCCAUCCAGCUUACUCCUGUAAAUAUGAAGGCUGCUGCAUCAUCGAUAAGAUCACACGCAACCAGUGCCAGCUGUGCCGCUUUAAGAAGUGCAUCGCUGUGGGCAUGGCCAUGGACUUGGUGCUGGAUGAUUCGAAGCGCGUGGCCAAGCGGCGUCUGAUCGAGGAGAACCGACAGAAAAGGAAGAGGGAGGAGAUGGUGAAGACGUUGCAGACGCGGCCGGAGCCAGACACCGCAGAGUGGGAGCUCAUCAGAAUGGCAACGGAGGCCCACCGGCACACCAACGCCCAGGGCUCCAGCUGGAAACAGAAGCGCAAGUUCCUGUCGGACGACAUCGGCCAGGGUCCCAUCGUGCCCACGUCUGACGUAGAUAAGGUGGACCUGGAAGCCUUCAGCGAGUUCACCAAGAUCAUGACCCCCGCCAUCACACGCGUCGUCGACUUUGCCAAGAAAUUGCCCAUGUUCUCGGAGCUGCCUUGUGAGGACCAGAUCAUCUUGCUGAAAGGUUGCUGCAUGGAGAUCAUGUCGCUGCGCGCCGCCGUCCGCUACGAUCCAGAGAGCGAGACGCUGACACUAAACGGCGAGAUGGCCGUGAAGAGGGAGCAGCUGAAGAACGGAGGGCUGGGCGUGGUGUCGGACGCCAUCUUCGAUUUGGGCAAGAGCCUGGCUCAGUUCAACCUGGAUGACUCGGAGGUGGCUCUGAUGCAGACCGUUCUGCUCAUGAGCUCAGACCGGUCAGGGCUGACCAGCGUGGAGAAGAUCGAGCAGUGCCAAGAGGCCUACCUGCUGGCAUUCGAGCACUACAUCAACUACCGCAAGCACAACAUUCCCCACUUCUGGCCCAAGCUGCUGAUGAAGGUGACGGACCUGCGCAUGAUCGGAGCGUGCCACGCCAGCCGCUUCCUCCACAUGAAGGUGGAGUGUCCCAACGAACUCUUUCCCCCGCUCUUCCUGGAGGUCUUCGAGGACCAGGACGUGUGA